AUGCCAUCAUGCUCAACACCAUUGUUGUACCUCUGCCUACUGCUGGUGGCGUGCCUUCUUCUCUUGGAAGAAGCACAUGCGGUGCACCAUGGAGGGAUCUCUCUGAGGUCUCAACGCAUGGCCCUCCUCCACUGGAAAGCUACACUUGCGAGCCCACCACUGCAGAUGAGCUCUUGGCAAGAAAACACCAGGCCCUGCAACUGGUCGGGCAUCAUGUGCACGGCUAUCCGCCAUGGCCGCGGCAUGCCCUGGGUGGUAACCAACAUAUCCCUGCCGGGUGCUGGCAUCCGUGGCCAGCUUGGUGAGCUCAACUUCUCGGCUCUUCCAUUCCUCGCAUAUAUUGACCUUCAGAACAACAGUCUCCACGGUGUACUACCCGCUAGUAUCAGCUCUCUAUCAUCACUAUCUUAUCUUGACCUUAGCUUCAACCAUCUCAAAGGGAAAAUUCCGUUUGAGUUUGGUGGCUUGCAGAGUCUCAUGCAGCUUGGUCUCUCAUCUAACAGACUCACAGGACAUAUCCCUGCGUCUCUUGGUAACCUAACAAUGUUAAAUUAUCUUGUCAUUCACCAGAACAUGGUAUCUGGUCCCAUUCCUAAGGAGAUUGGAAACCUUGUCAACCUACAAGGCCUACAGCUAAGCAACAACCCCUUAACCGGCAUGAUACCAAAAACCCUUGGAAAUCUGACCCAACUAAAUGAUUUGUACCUAUAUGGUAAUCAACUUUCAGGGCCUAUACCCCAAGAGCUAGGCAGACUGGUCCGUUUGCAAAGUCUUCAGCUUCUGUCAAAUGAUUUUUCAGGUCCAAUUCCAAUCUCCAUAACCAAUCUCACUAAGAUGAACACACUUUUUCUCUUUGAAAAUCAAAUCACAGGUUCAAUACCCCCAGAAAUAGGCAACCUCACUAUGCUCAAUGAACUUUCUCUCUAUACAAAUCAAAUCACAGGCCCAAUACCUUUUGAAUUGGGCUAUUUGCUGAAUCUCCAAAAUUUUGGGUUGUCCAACAACCAAAUAUCUGGCACUAUUCCUGAUAGCAUAGGAAAUAAUACCAAGCUAGUAGUACUAUCCCUCGAUCAAAAUCAGAUAACCGGCUCUAUCCCUAAAGGGAUUGGCAAUCUGCUAAACCUCAAAUAUUUAAACGUGUACCAGAACCAAAUUUCGGGAUCAAUACCUAAAACUUUUGGGAAGCUGCAAAACAUCCAAGAACUGUACAUCAACCAUAACAAAUUAUCAGGUUCUCUUCCUCAAGAAUUCGGAGACCUCAUAAACCUUGUUGCACUUGGGCUGGCUAACAACUCACUUUCAGGACCUUUACCUGCAAAUAUAUGUUCAGGGGGUAGGCUUCAAUAUCUAUAUCUCUUUUCUAAUAUGUUCAAUGGCCCCAUUCCAAGGAGUUUAAAGACAUGUACCAGUUUGGUUGAAAUUAGCCUUCAGAGGAACCAACUAACAGGAGAUGUAUCUCAGCACUUUGGUGUGUAUCCACAACUCAAAAGGAUGAGCUUUGCAUCGAAUAGAUUCUAUGGGCAGAUCCCACCAAAUCUAGAUGCAUGUACCAAAAUAACGAUACUACGUCUAGCACAAAAUAUGAUCACGGGUUCCAUACCUCCAAUCCUUUCUAAAUUGUUGAACCUAGAAGAACUAAGUCUCAAUUCUAAUCGCCUCAGCGGUGGGAUUCCACAAGAAAUCUGUAGUUUAGCAAAUUUAUAUAGACUGAACUUAUCAUCUAACCAAUUAUCUGGAUCCAUACCUACACACAUAGAAAAGCUAGGCAAUCUAGCAUACCUUGAUAUAUCUGGAAACAGACUGAGCGGGUCAGUACCUGAGGACCUAGGAGGCUGCAUGAAACUACUUUCCUUGAAGAUCAACAGCAACAGCUUCAAUGGGAGUUUGCCUGGUGUGAUUGGAAAUUUAGCAAGUCUGCAGAUCAUGUUAGAUGUAAGCAACAAUAACCUCAGUGGCGCAUUGCCGCAGCAACUUGGGAAGUUGGGGAUGCUGGAAUUUUGGAAUUUAUCCCAUAAUCAGUUCAGCGGCAUCAUUCCGUCCUCUUUUGCAAGCAUGGUGAGCCUUUCAACACUCGAUGUGUCCUACAACAACUUGGAAGGACCAAUCCCAACAACACGGCUACUCCAAAAUGCUUCAGCAAGUUGGUUUCUUCACAAUAAAGGUUUGUGUGGUAACCUAUCUGGCCUGCCAACUUGUUACUCAACUCCAGUAGCUGGUCAGCAUAAACGAAAGAUAAUUGGUUUUCUUUUGCCAAUUGUUCUUGUGAUGGGUUUUGGCAUUGUUGCUGCAAUUGUUGUCAUAAUAAUACUUACUCGUAAGAAGAGAAAACCACAGGAAAGUGUCACUUCUGAAGCAAGGGACCUAUUCUCUGUUUGGAAUUUUGAUGGAAGAUUAGCAUUUGACGAUAUUGUAAGGGCAACAGAAGACUUCGAUGAUAAGUACAUCACUGGAACAGGAGGAUACGGCAAAGUCUACAAGGCACAACUCCAAGACGGGCAGCUGGUUGCUGUGAAGAAGCUUCAUCAGACGGAAGAAGAGUUCGAUGGUGAAAGAAGAUUUCGUAGUGAAAUGGAAAUCUUAACACAGAUCCGACAACGAAGCAUCGUCAAAAUGUAUGGAUUCUGCUCCCAUCCAACAUAUAAAUUUCUCGUCUAUGACUACAUUCAGCAGGGAAGCCUCCACGGAAUAUUAGAAAAUCAGGAGCUAGCAAAGGAAUUAGAUUGGAAGAAGAGAAUUUCUCUUGCAACUGAUGUGGCUCAAGCAAUAUCUUAUUUGCACCACGAAUGCAGUCCAUCUAUAAUCCAUCGAGAUAUCACAAGCAACAACAUCUUACUUGAUACAUCCUUCAAGGCUUUUGUCUCGGAUUUCGGCACAGCAAGGAUUCUUAAGCCCGAUUCAUCAAACUGGAGUGCACUUGCAGGAACGUAUGGCUACAUAGCUCCUGAAUUGUCGUACACAUCUGUUGUGACAGAGAAAUGCGAUGUCUAUAGCUUUGGAGUGGUUGUGCUAGAGCUAGUGAUGGGGAAGCAUCCAAGGGAUCUAUUAGAUGGUACUAUGUCAAACGGAGAACAAGUCAUACUUGUGAAAGAUAUUCUGGACCAACGACUGACAACACCAACAACAGAAGAGAAUAGGUUAUCUCCUCUCAUCAAGCUGGCCUUUUCUUGCUUGGAAUCUUCUCCACAAGCAAGGCCAAGCAUGCAGGAGGCAUACCAAAUGCUCAUCAAGCGACCCUCAUCUAGUUCAUGUUCCGUGCCUUUCAGCACACUUACGUUACAGCAAGUAAGGAAGAGUUGAUGACUCAUUGUAUGUCUAUGUAUUUGUAGCCACUCUCCUGAUAUAGUAAAAGAUACCAUCAUGUGCCCGUGGUUUUUUCCCGCAAGGGUUUUCCACGUAAAAAUCGUCACGUGUUCUUAAUAUUUCUUUGUUUGCUUGCUUGCUGAUUUCUGACAAUGCGUAAAUAUAAUUUUGUUUUGUGGGGUGCUUGUAAAAUGUAUGCAGUG